CACAACAAAUACGUCCACAUAUUUUUCACCGGGGUCAAGUCGCUUCCCAUUUAUUAAUGUUAGUUGGAGACAGUCAAAAUGCGUGAGAUUGUUCUAUGCAUGAUAGGACAAUGUGGUCUCCAAGUUGGAUCAAAAUUUUGUGAAGUGAUAUCUGACGAUACUGACCGCAGUGUUUGUUUUUCCAGUUUUGUGAAGUGAUAUCCGACGAGCAUGGCCUUGACCCCAAUGGGAUGUACUAUGGCGAUUCCGAUCUUCAGCUGGAGCGAAUCAACGUCUACUACACAGAGGCGAUGGGUGGUAGAUUUGUUCCUCGUACUAUUCUCGUUGACCUUGAGCCCAGUAGUAUGGACGCCAUUAGGUCAUCACCUUAUGGCCAGCUCUUCCGUCCAGAGAGCUUUAUUUUCGGCAAGUCUAGUGCUGGGAACAACUUUGCUAAGGGACACUACACAGACGGCGCGGAAUUGAUGGAGUCGGUUCUUGACGUGACACGAAAAGAAGCAGAAGGAUGCGACUGCCUGCAGGGAUUUCAGAUAACUCACUCGAUAGGGGGCGGCACUGGUUCCGGUAUGGGCUGCUUACUCAUGAACAAGCUUCGCGAAGAAUACCCAGACCGAAUCAUCAACUCAUUUUCCGUGAUCCCAUCUCCAAAAGUGUCUGACACUGUGGUGGAACCCUACAAUGCCACUCUCAGCAUUAACCAGCUGAUAGAGAACUCGGAUGAAACCAACUGCAUUGAUAACGAGGCUCUGUACGACAUCUGUUUCCGCACCUUAAAGCUCUCUGCGCCAACCUACGGCGACUUGAAUCAUCUGGUGUCUGUCACCAUGUCCGGCAUUACCACUUGUUUCCGCUUUCCUGGUCAACUGAACGCUGAUCUUCGUAAACUGGCAGUCAACAUGGUUCCAUUCCCACGUCUCCACUUCUUCAUGCCAGGCUUUGCUCCACUCACCUCCCGUGGAAGUCAGCAGUACCGCGCCAUUACUAUUCCAGACAUUACCCAGCAGCUGUUCGAUGCCAAGAACAUGAUGGCUGCCUGUGAUCCACGUCACGGUCGCUACCUCACUUGUGCUGUCAUCUUCCGUGGCCGCGUAUCCAUGAAGGAGGUUGAUGAGCAGAUGCUGAACAUCCAGAACAAGAAUAGUGCCUACUUCGUCGAAUGGAUUCCCAAUAACGUGAAGACAGCCGUCUGCGACAUCCCACCACGUGGUCUCAAGAUAUGUGGUACAUUUCUCGGCAACAGCACCGCAAUCCAGGAACUUUUCCGACGAAUCUCCGAGCAGUUUACGUCCAUGUUCAGGCGAAAGGCUUUCCUCCACUGGUACACUGGUGAGGGUAUGGACGAGAUGGAGUUCAGUGAGGCAGAGUCCAACAUGAACGACUUGGUCUCUGAGUACCAGCAGUACCAGGAUGCCACCGCCGAUGAUGGACUACCAGAUUACCAUUAUUAUGGAGAGGGUCCUGCUGAUGAAGAUGAAAAUUUGCAUACAGCCACGCCCGAGCACAGACUCUCCGUGUCCGGGCACAGACUCUCCGCGUCCGGGCACAGACUCUCCUCGUCAGGGCACAGACUUCCUGAAUACGAUACAGAGAGUGUCGCUGAUACAGUUGAAGAUUUCCCUACAACCUCGCCCGGGCACGGACCCCCUCAACACCACAGAUGA